AUGGGUGAGAAACCUAAGAAGAAGACCAACAGUAUUGCCUUUGUAUCCAACACUGCUGAAGGAGAUGAUGCUGACAGUGAAAGUGAGAAUUUAUCAGAAGCCUUGGCUCUUCUUGCUAGAAAAUUCAAUAGAGCUCUAAGGAAGAUAGACAGAAGAAAUAAGCCUAAUGUCCAGGACAUUAAGUCAGACAACUCCAAAUCCUUCAAUUCCCAGCGAAAGGCCAAAGAGGAAGACAAAUCAGGCCAAGGCAAGGGUAAACAGAAGAAAGGCAUGGUAGUUACAUGGUCAGAUGAGGAUAUUGAGGAUGAGGAAGAAUUAUCUGCCAACAAAGUGAAUGCCUUUUUAGGAGCUGUUAAUGACUCAGAUUCCAGUGGGGAUGAGAUGACAUAUGAAGAGCUAGAGGAGACCUACAGGCUGUUGGACAUCAAAUGGAAAGAAAAUUGCAAGAGGUUGAAGGAGCAAGGGGAUGAGGUAGAACUACUCAAGACUGAAAAUGAAAACCUGAGGGGAACCAUUGAUAAAUUAGAGGAUGAUCUUGAGGAAUGGAAUACAAAACUGAAAGAUGUUGAAACUGUAGAAAAGGCCAAACUUCUCCUAACAAUUGCUGAGCUUCAAGAAAAGGUGUCCACUCUGACAGGAAAACUUGAAACUACAUAUAAAUCAGUGCGUAUGCUGAACAGUGGAUCCAACAUGCUAGAUGAGAUCUUGGAAGAAACUAGCAAGCAAGGAAGAAGUGUGAAAGGCAUUGAUUUCAGUUACAAGUAUGAGAAUAAGGGAAAUCAGAAAGCAUCAAAGAAGUUUAUUCAGAAGGUCCUCAAAUCAUCCAAGAAGGCUUGGAUUCCCAAAGGUGAAGUCUCUUGCCUCAUAGCCCACACAUCUUUCAGAGUUUCAUCAAGUGAAGACUGGUAUUUUGAUAGUGGUUGCUCAAAACACAUGACUGGAAACAAGGAGUAUCUGGAAAAUCUUAAAGAAUACUCCUGUAAAUCUGUUACCUUUGGAGAUGGUGCUAAAGGAAAAAUCAAAGGCAUUGGAAAGCUGGUAAACUCUGGAUCUCCAGAUCUGAAUAAUGUUCUACUAGUCAAGGUAGUGGCUGCAAACCUAAUCAGUAUAAGUCAAUUGUGUGAUCAAGAUCUAAAUGUGUUGUUUAGCAAGACAGAAUGUAUGGUUACUACUAGUAGUCAUAAGGUUGUGAUGAGAGGUGUCAGGUCUAAAGACAAUUGCUACAUGUGGGUUCUACAAGAGAAAGCACAAGUGUCUAGAUGCUUGAUAUCAAAGGUGGAUGAAUUGAAUCUAUGGCACCAACGUCUAGGUCACAUCAAUCUCAAGAGUAUGCAGAAAGUUAUCUCUGAAGAGGCUGUUCGAGGUCUACCAAAGUUAAAAAUAGAUGAAGGUAAAAUAUGUGGGGAAUGCAAGAUUGGGAAGCUGACCAAAGCGUCUCAUGCAAAGCUCCAACAUCCAACUACAACAAAAGUCCUUGAACUACUUCACAUGGAUCUAAUGGGGCCCAUGCAAGUUGAAAGCUUGGGAGAAGGUAUAAGUCAUGAAUUCUCAGCUCCCAUCACUCCUCAACAGAAUGUGAUUGUUGAAAGGAAAAAUAGGACUCUUCAAGAAUCUACCAGAUCACACUAUAUGAACUCUGGAAAGGAAUGUUACAUUUUGGCUGAUCGUGAUCAAAGAAGAAAGCUGGAUCCUAAGAGUGAUGAGGGAAUCUUCAUGGGGUAUUCUACAAACAACAAGGCCUACAGAGUGUACAACUCUCGAACAGAGGUCAUGAUGGAAUCAGUAAAUGUCUCUAUUGAUGAUCAACCAAGUGGAAGGGAGGACACUACUGCAACAGAAGAUGAGGAUGGUCCACAUGUCCAAGCCAAUGUCCCAACAGUUGACCUCGACAUCGAGUCAGAUGUAAGCUCAGAUGAACAAGAAGAAAAGAUGACCACUGCCAAUAAAGGUCCUUCCAUCAGAAUCCAAAAGAAUCACCCUCAAGAAAAUAUUAUUGGUGAUCCUAAAGAAGGUGUUACCACCAGGGCCAGAAGCUACAUUGCUCAUGAAUGUUUCAUCUCCAAGAUGGAACCAAAGAAUGUCAAAGAGGCCCUAACAGAUGAGUACUGGAUAAAUGCAAUGCAAGAGGAACUUGACCAGUUUAGAAGAAAUGAAGCGUGGGAUCUCAUUCCUUGA